AUGAGAUCAUCAUCUUAGCCUGGGUCCCGUAUACCCAGAUUUGAAGAUGUCCUCCAAGAAAGACUUCAUAAGUAAUCAGAACUCUAGCGGAAGUUUAUUGACAUGCCCAUGAUUGAAGAAUCAUCAAAGACAUAUAAGGAGCUGUGCGAUGGACUGAUUCCACAAGAGGAUUUCUUUAUUGAUCAGCUAUUAGACAUUAGUUCUAAGUUUCAUGGUCAUUACAUGACUAAAAUGCUGAAAUAGGUCAAAGCAGAGAAGGAAAAUUUAGAUAAAACAACUAAAGAAUAGACAUCACAGAUAAAGAUGCUUGUGGAUUAAGUAAAUAUAAAGCAUAAGGAAUUUGAGAAAUCUUAGGAGGAGUUAGACAUUUCAAGUAAGCAAAACAAGAUUAAGGAAGCAAUAAUUGAAAAAUUGAAAAAAGAGCUUGAAGAUUACAAAAACCAAAAUUUUAACUUGCAGAUUGAUUAUGCGAGCAAUUCAGGCAGCGAAAAGGUCAGCUCUACGCUCAUUGAUAAAUUGAAAGAGGCUUAUGAGGCUUAAAUAACAGCCUAGCUUGACGAAUUAACCUAAAAGGAUAGGACUCUGAAUGAGAAAUCUGAGGAGAUCUUGCAGCUAUAAUUAGAACUGAAUCUAGCUAAAUAAAGUAGCCAAAGUUUAGAGCAUAGAAACAGCGAAAAGCAAAGAUUUGAAGAGAAUAUAGAAAUUACUUACAAGAGUAAAAUUGAGUAACUUUAGAAAAUAUUAGAUUCAAAUACUACUUUAAUUCAGCAAUAUCAAUAAAGGGAUUCAGCUACUGAGACAACACUUUAGUUUUAAAUAGAGUAGGAAUAGAAGUAUGUUGAGUUAAUGCAGCAAUAUCAUAUGCUUGAAACUGACUGGAAGAAUAUGGAGACAUAUAUUAGAGGUCUCAAUGACUACCAAGCUCAUGUAGAAGGCAAAUACUCGAUGCUCUUAGAGGAGUAUUAAUAACUAAUUCUUAGCAGAGAUCAUGAAGAAGAUUAUGGCAAAAAUUAACUCUCCGUUGAAUAAGAGAAAAAUUACCAAGAACUGAUAAGCCUCAAGGAUGAGGAGAUUAACUUGCUAAAGGAAGAUAAAUCGAAGAAAGAGUCCAUGAUAAUGGGAUUGAAUGUAAAGAUACAAUAAUUAAAUAAGAUUUAAGAAGAAUAUGACUAAUUAUAGCAAAUAAACACUCAAGUUAAUCAAGUCAAGACAACAUAUCAGCAGGAACUUGGCAUGAAGGAUAUUAUGAUCCAAGAAAUAGAGUAAAAGCUUAAAAGAGUGUAAAGCUAGGGCAGCUCAUAGAAGUAAGAAAAAGACAGAGAGGUUUAAGAGUUGUAAAAGACUAGAGACCUGAAUCAAAAAUUGAUUGUUUAACUUGAAAAGCAACUCAAGGAAAUGGAAACUAAGCAAAGUAAGUCUGUCAAGAUUUCAAGCGAAAGAGACAGACUUAAAAAAGAGAAUGAAUAACUUCACUAAUAGAUUGAAUAACAAAUGAAGUUGCUAGAGCUAAAAGAAAAGGAAUUCGAUGAAGUAAAAAAACUUAAAUAAGCAGAGACAAAGGAAAUAUAAAAGCUUAAACAAGAGAUUAAUGGCCUUAAGUAAGAACUAUAAGUCGCAUAAGAGAAAUCUUAGAAUGAUUAGGAAGAUUAAAAUCAUGAACUUGAAUCUGAUUUGAACGAGCUUGAAUUUUAUCUUUAAGAGUUAAAGGAGGUAAAGGAGAGAAUUUUCAACUCUGUGAUGACUACUAAACAAAUAUUCAACCCAUUAUAAAGUAGAAUGUCUAGUGAGUCAUAAAUUUCACCAGGAAUGAAUGAGGACUUUUACAUAAAUCUUUAAGAUUCUAGAUCAGUAACUCAUAGCGUAAAAUACUUGUUCCAAAGUAUCAAGGAAGUAAUCAGAAAGGAACUAGAACAUUUGAUCAUUAUUAAUCAAUAAGUCCUAGAUGUGUAGAAUAAUGCCUAAGAUAAACCAGAGUAACAUUUGAAUUCUCCAUAGGCUUAGAGUAUAUAUCCAUAACAAUCAGUAGAUAGAGCCAUAAGCAGACUAAAAUCACUAUUUGAGUCAGUUUCACAUUAAGGUUCAACUGCUGAUCUGAGAUUAGACUCUAAUGGGAAUAUGAUAAGUAACAAUCAAACUUCAAAUGAUGUAGAAAGCACUGAUGAUAUUGAGCAGAUUGCAGAACAUGUUGUAGUUACUUACGAAUUAAUGCAAGAGGAAAAUAGAUUAUUAUUAAAGGAAAGGGAAUAUUAUUACGAAUAAAACCUUAAGAAGUUAGUAAAAGAAAACGAAGACCUGAGAUUAGAAGUUCUCAAACUAAAGGAUUAAGUGAUGUCUUUGAAGAGUAUUGAAUCACUUAGACUUUAAGAGUUUGAGAGACAUCUUUAUGAAAAAUAAAAUCAUGAUUUCUUGUCAUUUGCUGAUUAGAACGAGCAACUAUUGUAGAGAAACAUUUAGCUUUAAAAUGAGUAAAGAUAACUCAUUCAAUAAAUUGAAGCUCAAGCUGAAAUAAAUUAAAGACUUAUGGAAGAGAAUUAGUAUCUGAAGAGAAAUAAAAGAGGAGGAGAGGAAGAAGCAAAUAAUGGCAGGCAUACAGUAAGAGAAUGCAUGAUUACUAGAUCUAAGGUAUCAAGUCCUGAUAGAGUACUGAGCAACAAGAGAUCUGACUCUAAGAAUAUUCCAUUUACUAAGAGAGGUGGUGCUCCUCACAAUUGCAGCUCAAGAAACAUUGAUGAUGGACAGUAAAAAAGAGUUCCUACUAAUAGAUCAAAUCAUAAUACUGGUCAUAGUCCAGCUCCAAGAACCUCAUAGACAAGACCAGUUGUCAAUCAUAAUUAUUCAGACUUGAAAUCACCAUUACUAAAUCACAAUAAGAAACUUGAUCAGAACAAAUAUUCUUCAACGAACAGUACAACUUAAUUAGCCAAUGUUUUAACAUAGCAAUACUCAUAGCAACAAAGUUCAAGUCAAAACACAAUUUAUGCUUCAAAUAGAGUAACCUACAGACAGAAUGAUGAUGAAAAUGACAAGCUAAAUUCUUUGAUUGAGGACUACAGAAGAGAAAACGAGAGAUGCACCUAGAAAAUUCAAGAAUUACAGGAUAAGUUGCAUACUACCAGCAGAAAGUACAAGAAUAAGGACGAAAAGAAUUUGAACAACACUGAGACUCUAAACAGUAACUGGUAAAAUACCAAUAACAGCUUUAAAGCUUUGAGCAAUAAUGAAUCAAUGGGUAAUUAUUCAUAAAAUAAUUAACUUUAUUCAGAUAUUCAUCCCCAGAGACUUACAACUGGCCCAAUUUCCCAAUCUACUUAAAAUCUGUAGCAUCUUGCCCUGAACACAAAUAACAACUCUCAGAACAUUUACAUGCAAUCUAAUAACACUCUUCCAGAGAAGGAGACCUAGCAGCUUUUGCAUAAGUAGCAGGAUUAUUCGCCCCAGAGAUUAAUGAGUGCCAAUAGCAACAGUAGUGGCAUUAGUCAAGGUAACUUAAGCCAAAAUUAAUAAUACUAAAAUAAUAUAGCUUCUCUAAAGCAUAACAACUAAUCUCAGAGCACCUCAAUGUUGAACAACACUAAUCCAAUCCCCAACAACUAUCCUAGCAGCUUUUUAUUUGGCUCUCAGCAGCAACUUGAUCAAAGCGUGAAUCAUUCAGGAGUUUAUAAAAGAGAAAAAGCGCCAGUGAGCUCUGUAAUUGAAACAUCAAAAAAUAUUACCAAGGCCAAGCAAAUAGUAAAUAGCAAUAAUACAAGAUCAACUGGCAGAUUAUUAAAGUGA